UGUGUGUGAUGACCGCACAUCAUGACACUUCUCUGUCAACGGGCGGAAGAGACAGGUCGUCUAGCUGUUAAACUUUCCUUCACACAACUAUAAUAAAAGUAGAAAUGCUAAGCCAUACUUUAUGCAGACCUUCGGAACCCAGGUUUGCUAAUUUAAGUCAGCAGAAGAUGAGUCAUCUGGAAAAAGAAUGUAAACAUUUGCCUCCUAGGAAUCCUAUUGAAGCUUUCAGACAUUGGCAACCCUCUUACCACAGUGAUUUGAACUGCCCAAUCUGUCUCCAAACUGCUACUUUCCCAGUAGAAACCAAUUGUGGACAUUUAUUUUGUGGUGCCUGUCUAAUUACAUACUGGAAACAUGGUUCCUGGUUAGGAGCAAUAAACUGUCCUCUCUGCAGACAAAAAGUGAUUCUUCUGUGUAAUGCCUCUUGUGAAAAUCAACAAGAUAAGCCAAGCAAACGCAUUGUACAUGACAUCAGAGAUUACAACAAGCGGUUCUCUGGACAACCUCGACAUUUUGCAGAUUACCUUUAUGACAUGCCGCUACUCCUAAAUCUUGCCUUAAGAGGAAUCUUCACCCUGGGUGGUCUUGUAUGGAUUUUCUUCCUAAGAAUUGUUGUUUGUGCCUUUGGGACCAUCAUGUGCUUAACUUCCCGAUUUGACGUCAUGCAAGAACCUCUUUGUAGAAUCCUCGCAGCAGUUGAUGACCUAGUUGUCGUUUUCCUCCUUUUAAUUUGCAUGUUUAAUAUUUGCCAACAAAUGGAAUCAGAAGGUGUAAAUAUGGAAAGUUCUACAACUCAGAGCAUGCUGUCAGAAUCCUGAUAGUCUCAAACUUCUACUUCUUCAUGGACCUUCACCAGAUUGUGUUAGGCUGCUCUAGGACUCCAGAGAUAGCGUGAGAUGGACUGAUUUUUGAAGAACAUUCUAAUGUUAACUUACAGUGGAGAAAGAAUCAAUACACUUGUCAUGGUCAAGUAGUUAAUUUGUGCAAAUGCUCACAAAACUAGGUUUUAAUACAACCAUGUAUUUACUAAGUUCCUGCAAAGUGGAGCAGCAUUUUAUGUGACUUCCCUUAACAUACAGCACCUAAAAUGACAGAGUCUGGGAGCUAUGCACAAAGUCUAAAAUUGCAAAGCCAGUCACUUUGUACCUGAACAAUUUUUAAGAAGCCUCUUUACACGAAACUAGUUACAUCCAGUUUUAUUUUACAAAAUGUAAUUUUGAAAACCUAGAUAGUCUUAUUACAAUAAAACUUGUUAAGACAUCUCAUGUGCAGUAUGGGGAAUAAAAUGUCAAUUAGGUGGUUUUUUAAGAGGCUAUCUGUAGGUGCUUUGUGCCACCAAAGCUUAUUACAAUAAGAAAUCCAUUGGAUUAUAAACUUUCCCAGGCAUCUGACUAAUAAUGAUAAUCUUGAUGUUAAAACAAUGAGAAUGUGUUCAUAAUAUUAGUCUGAAUCAAAAUACAAAAUGAAAGUACUAUAGUGAGAGUGACAUAAAAAGGGUUUGAAAGGAUUUUGCAAGAAAUCUGAACAAAUCUUUAUUCAACUCUCAAAUAAAUGAACACAAGAUACAAGUUUUAGUAUUGUGUGCUAAAAUAAUCUGUGCACCUCAGUUUUAACAAAUUCAACAUUGUUAUUCAGUUCCUGUAAACUUUGUGUUCUUCCUGUAGUUUCCUUGAAAGGUCAGCAAAAAAAAAAAAAAAAAAAAUAUCAAGACCGAUUUUUUUAUUAUAUAAAUUGUAGGAAGCCCAUGACAGAUUUUUUUUUGCAAGUAGUUAAAAUUAUUGGGAUACUGAAAGAAAACACUGCCUUCUGUACAUAGAUAAUCUGUGAUAUGUACUGAGACUAAUGGAACUACACUUCACAUGUUACUUGUAUAUAAAUGUGUAUAUGCAUAUAUAUCUAUAUCUAUAUAAAAUAUGAAUAUUUAUUGUUCACAACACAGUGGUCUCUAAUAGUCAUAUUCAUUGGAUUGGAGAAGAGGGAGCAUAUUCAACUGACAUAAUUUUUAUCAUUCUCUCGAAGUUCAUGCUCAGAUAUACCAAUACUGAACACCACUUUUCUCCAUUGUUACUUACUGUAUUGUGUUCCCCCACUUUAAAACCUUAUACUGUCAUUAUUUUUAAUUAUGAAUGCAGAAAACAGAGAAAUCUUUACUCAUACUAAGUACUAAAGUGAGGGCAACAAUUGAUUUUCCAUAAGUUCCAAGGCAGGAAGCAUAUUGUUUCUUUUUUUCUUUUUUUUUUAAAGUCACCAGCUGUUUUGGAGCACUACCAACUACUACUAACAUUCAUUUUUUAUAAAGAAACUGGCUGUUAUUUUUUAAAUACCCCGAGUAUCAUUAUUUGCAUGUAACUUGGCGUGACAAUAUAACUCUGUGCCGUUACUAAAGAAUGGAAUUUCUAUUAAGCCAAAUGCAUAAAACUGAAGGUCAUAUUUCAUAUAAAUGUGCUUACAGGUUAUUGCUAUUAUAUGGUAAGGGCUCAGUGUGAGAGUGGCCAAACAACAGGCUGAGAGCGUGGGAGUGAAAAAUGUUGUUAUUGGUGAGCUAAAACAGAGCCAUAAUUAGUUUUCAUGGUUUGUUGUAUGAUUUUUAAGGCUGCUAAACUACUCUCUAUUCUCCCCUUCAUGGUGAGUGCUGUCUCCUUUGCUUCUGAAACAGGAUUAAAGCCCUAACUUGCUGGGCACUGGUAUUAAAACAAGAACAAAUACACAAAUCUAAUAUAUAAAGGAGAAUGUUUGUAUGUGUGUGUGCUAAUAACUUGGACACUAUGGGUGUGUCUAAACUA